UUUCCUCGUUUUCCAAGUCUUCCCGAACUUCUUCAACGGUGACGGUUCCCCUUUUCCUCUCCGCCGCUCAUCGGAAACCUAUCCAUCUCGCCGGAAAACCUUAUUCCGGCACCGACAGUUCCAGUCUCCAAUCCAUCGCGGUUUCUUGACAAGAAGGGUUUCCGAUCAUUUGUCCAGGCGUUGAUUCUUGCCGUACAAGAGACGGUUUGGAUCCUGGGUCGGUUUCUUGGUUUUAGGGUAAUGUGAUUGCAGCUUUGGGGGAAGGUGCUGGGGAUCAUGUGGAUAUUUUGAUUUGGUCGAUGAUUGAAGGAUCACUUAUCCGGGAUCGGCAUGAGAUGGCUGCACAGUCUUCUAGCACACACAGUGCAACGUAGAUAGCUGCCCCAUAGUAUUUGUACUUGGGGGAUAUGAUGUCAGGCGGGAUCGAGACGGGCCUUCUCUUUGAGAAGGCCAAGGAAUUGGACCAGCUCAGGAAGGAUCAGGAGGAGGUCCUCCAAGACAUCAACAAGAUCCACAAGAAGCUCCAGUCAUUAACUCCUGAGCUAAUUGAGAAAUCAGGGGAUAACAUGUUAUUUCGCCUUCGAAAUCUAUAUAGUCAGGCAAAAGAUCUUUCAGAAACUGAAGUGAGUGUAUCAACUGCGUUGUUGAGCUAUUUGGAUGCUUUACAACAAUCUGGACUUUCAGCUGCACAACGGAAAAAGAUAGAAGUUAGUGAGCAGAAGAAGAAGAGGUUGAAGCCUGAUCCUGAGAUUCCUAGAUUCACUCCCAAUAGAUUACUUGAUCAUGCUAAUUUAAAAGGAGAACAGGUAGCAGGUAGGGUCAACCCAGAUGAAGCUGACAAGGAUGAGUGGUUUGUUGUGAAAGUAAUCCAUUUUGACAAGGAUGCUAAAGAGUUUGAAGUGCUGGAUGAAGAACCUGGUGAUGAUGAAGAAAGCGUUCAAAAUAGAAAGUACAAGCUUCCUUUGUCACGAGUUAUCCCUUUCCCAAAGAAAAAUGAUCCUUCUAGCGCUCAAGACUUCCCCCCUGGAAAACAUGUUUUGGCUGUGUAUCCUGGAACCACAGCUUUAUAUAAAGCAACUGUUGUGAAUUCUCACCGUAAGAGGAAAUCUGAUGACUAUUUGCUUGAAUUUGAUGAUGACGAAGAAGAUGGAUCGUUGCCACAGAGAACGGUUCCAUUUUACAAGGUCGUCGCUCUCCCUGUAGGCCAUCGUCAGUAAAAUUAGCAUAUAGCUAUUUCGCCGACCUCAUAUGUCGAUGUUGGAUAAUGAAAUCUCACAUCACAGUGCAGAAUGAUUCGCAUUAUGUACAAUCUUGUUGUAGUAGUUUCUGUUGUAAGCGUUGUAUCAUAACUGAAUGUCAUCAUCUAGUUUUCUUCGAUAGGGCGUUUAUUCUAUGAUGGCCUACUAGCUUUCUUAACAUCAUCGUCGUCAUCGUCUUUAUUAUGCAUAACUAGAACUAUUGAACUUAAUACUAAUUAUCUAAAUUGUGGGUGUUAUUCUUGACUUCU